AUGGCAAAGGGCCAUGCCUUUUAUCUAGAGUGGUCAAGCUAUCUAGAUAGUCUUCAAGAUAACCACCAAAAGCUCCUAAUUUGCAUCUUCUCAUUAGUAAACUGGAAACAAAAGCCAGCUAAGCCAAUGGCUUUCCUAGAGCUCAAGGAUAUACAGGGAAUGACAGACUCUUCUAGGCAAUUCAAUAGCAUUAUAAAUGAAUCAAAUAAUAAGUACAUAUAUUCUACCAAAUCCUUCCAUAUAAAUCUUAUAAUUAUAACUGUAGAUAUUAUGAUGUGA